AUGUCCAGGCCACGGAAGCCGCCGCUGGCCCUCGUGGGCACACUGCCCGGCGGGACCGCGCCGGGACACGCGGGCAAGACCCGCUGCCCCCUGUGCAUGUGCCUUUUCAAAGCACCGAGGCUCUUGCCUUGCUUGCACACCGUCUGCACCCAGUGCCUGGAGCAGCUGGCACCCUUCUCCGUCGUGGACUUGCGAGGGGGAGACCCCGACUGGGUCUCCGAGGGGUCCGGCUCCCCGGGGCUCAAGCCACAGCAGCACGUCGGCAUCCUCUGCCCGGUAUGUGACGCGCAGGUGGACCUGCCCGCAGGUGGCGUGAAGGCCCUGACCAUAGACCACUUGGCCGUGAACGACGUGAUGCUGCAGAGUCUGCGCGGGGAAGGCCAGGGCCUGGUGUGUGACCUGUGCAGCGACAGGGAGGUGGAGAAGAGAUGUCAGACCUGCAAAGCCAAUCUCUGCCAAUUCUGCUGCCAGGCACAUAGGCGGCAGAAGAAGACGACUCACCAUACUAUGGUGGACCUAAAAGACUUGAAAGACUGCAGCCGGGUGGGGAAACCCAUUCUGUGUCCUUCUCACCCUGCUGAGGAGCUGAGGCUGUUCUGUGAACUCUGCGACAGACCCGUGUGCCGGGACUGUGUGGUGGGGGAGCACCGGGAACACCCCUAUGACUUCACCAGCAACGUCAUCCACAAGCACGGGGAGUCUGUGCGGGACCUCCUCAAGGGCACCCACCCCCACGUGGAAGCCCUGGAGGAAGCACUGGCACAGAUCAAAGGGUCCAGCAGUGCCCUGCAGGAGCAAGUGGAGGCCGUGGCAGCUGACAUCCAGGCAUUUUCCGAGGGCUACAUCAAAGCCAUCGGGGAGCACCGAGACAGGCUGCUGAAGCAACUGGAAGACAUUCGCAGCCAGAAAGAAAACUCCCUGCAGCUGCAGAAGGCACAGCUGGAGCAGCUGCUGGCAGAUACGCGGACAGGGGUGGAGUUUACCGAGCACCUGCUGGCCAGUGGCUCCGACCUCGAGAUCCUCAUCACCAAGGGGGUGGUGGUUGAGCGGCUCACAAAACUGAACCAGAUCGAAUACAGUGCACAUCCUGGAGUGAACGAUAAGAUCUGCUUCUUUCCGGAGGAGAAAGCCGGCCGGUGUCACGGGUAUGAAAUGUACGGGAUCAUCAACACCAGGGAGGUCGAUCCAGCCAAGUGUGUCAUUAUCGGAGAAGAUCUCCACAGAGCCAGGGAGAAGCAGCCAGCCUCUUUCACACUGCUUUGUAAGGAUACAGCAGGUGAAAGCAUGGGCCGGGGUGGAGACAACGUUCAAGUCACAGUAGUCCCUAAAGAUAAGAUAGAAAGCUCCAGUCCGGUCAGAACAAUGGUCCAAGAUAAAAAGGAUGGGACGUAUUACAUUUCCUACAUCCCCAAGGAGGCCGGCUUAUAUACUGUGCUGGUGCGGGUUAAGGACCAGCACGUGCAGGGCUCACCAUUCACGGUGAACGUGAGGAAGAGGCAGCGCACACACCCUGGCGUCUUCCACUGCUGCUCAUUCUGUUCUAGUGGAGGCCAGAAGACUGCCCGCUGUGCCUGCGGGGGCACCAUGCCAGGUGGGUACCUGGGUUGUGGUCACGGACACAGAGGCCACCCAGGCCGUCCUCACUGGUCCUGCUGUGGGAAGUUUAAUGAGAAGGCAGAGUGCACGUGGACAGACGGGCAGAAUCUGUCAAGGAGUCUGCUGAGGACCGUGGCCCUCUGACCCCUACCUGGGUUUGUGGUCAGUGUGUUAACCAGUAUGAUGCCCACCUAUCAGAGGACUCCAGACCUUGAUAAAUUCUGAAGAAACGGAGAGAAUUAAAAACCAAGUGCCUUCUACCCUGUCGAAUUCAGGUGCUGCUCUUGUGAGUUAGAGAUUGUUCGUGGGGAUGGUUAAGCACUGAGCUUGGCUGCAUUUCUCUUUACUGAGGAAGACUCCCUUCAGUUUGCUACCGAACGGAGGUACCUAUGCUGCUGGAACUUAGAGGUCUUGGGAGUAGCGUAGCUUCUUGCUUUGUGAUGUACGACUUUUAUUUUUCCCCUUCCCUGAGCUAUAUUUUGAGUUAUUUCCCCCCAGAGAAUAAAGAUCUCCUUUCACCUUAUGUACUUUAUU